AUGACGGGCGGCGGCCACUGGGGCUCCAGCGGGGAGCUGCUCGAUGCCAUCUACCGCACGAAGCCGAAGGUGCAUCUCUUCGGGCACAUCCACGAGCAGCGCGGGCAUUGGGACAAGGCAGGGAGCCAGUACCAGGGCGGCGUGGAGUACAGGCCCAAUCCGCAUUCUGGACAGGUUUUCCGCCCCAAUGGUCCUCCUCCGCAGAACUACCCCGUGGAGGUGGAAUCCAACAAUGCCAUGGCCAAUCAGCCAUCCGUGGACCACAGCUGGACCGGCGUUUGGGCACCUCAGCACAUUGUCGGCCGCCCUCGGGUCAUCAUCGCGAGGAAGCAGCCCGACGGAUGGCACUUUGCAUCUGAGGCCUGA